AUGUCGUUAGGUCUACAGCUCCUGGACCAACUCGCCGAGGACAUCCUGAACGGUCGGCCCAGUGCUUCACUCCAAGGAACCGUCGAAGCCCUCCCCGCACCGCCAGACAUCGCUCCCUCUUCAGGCUCCUCUUCGGUGUCCACGACUUCGUCCAGCAAGCAGUCCAAGUCGCCUUCAAAGAAGUCGUCCAAGUCGCCCAAGUCGCCAGCGCGUGGUAAGCGUAAGGCCAGCAGUGACGACCCUGCUCCACAAGCGUUCACGAAGAAGGUGUGCACCGUCAGCAAGCCCAAGAAGCCACAUAUCCCGUCCAACGAGUUUGGACAUCUUCUCGACGUGAACCAAGCUGCUCCAGCCCCAGUUCGCUGUGCAAUCGCCGCCGUCUUGGCCAAGGCAGAGGCUCUCGGUAAGAAGCCCUGGCGUCUUGCGUUCCCCUGGACAGGACGUCCCAUUUGGUACGACCCCAUCAAGUUCUGUCACGUGUAUCGCGCGCACAGGCGCUUCUGGAUGACGCACCGUCGAGCUUUCUGGGAGUGGGAUCUCCACGCUCCUCUGGCCACGGCAGCCGCCAUGACUCAGCGUCAAAGGUACGACGCCACGCUCGCCAACGCGUUGGACCCGUCGACUAUCGACACUUACGGGUACCCCGACUUGCGUUCCUUGCUCGAGUCUUCGGACGCGCUAAAUCCAGCCGCGGACGAGAAGAAUCGACUCUCCAUCGCUUCUCUGGAUCGGGUUCGCCGCGACACCAUGUCCUGUACGAGGCCAAGCACCACUUGGGCAGGUGAUAAGAACAAGGAACCGUGGAUGUCGCUCAUCAAUAGUCACACUGUCAAAUUGGCUCAGGACGACAUCAUGGCUCAGCUCGCCGCGGGAACGUACAAGGUCCCCACUACUCGUCCUCCGUCCAGUAUGGAACGUCACCGAGAUGAUUGGUCCGAGCUCGGAGACGAAUGUGAGGACGAAGAGAACGAAGCCGUAGUCGAUGACGACGACGCUUCUGGUAACGACGACGAGGAGUCAGAGGCCGAUGACGACGAAGACGAGCAGGAAGAAUAG